GGGUGACGUUUACAAGGGUUAUAAUACAUUAAAUUACAUAGAGAUAAGGAGAAGUGUGGAUGAGGGAGGUAUAUUUAUGGUUUUUUUUUUUUUUUUUCUUUCAGCAGUAGACAUUUAUUUUUCUCGGGCGUAUCUCCCUCUCUCUGUGUUAACUCCGUUGUACAAAGGAGGGACGGACCCCAUCUUACUCAUAGACUGUGCUGAGGGAGUGUCAGGGGAGUGGGUUACACUACUUGUAGAGUGGUCACUGACCUCCCAGUGGGACUGUAAGUCGCUCCGCUGGGCCCCUACCCGGGGAGGGUCACUGGCGUGGGGCCUGGCUCCUCUACGUGGAGACUCGACUGGCUACGAGCUGGUAAAUUCCUCGCUAGAGGAACAAGGCCUCCACGGCUAGUGGCCCACGGAGUGCCAGCGGAGCGUCUCACAUACGCCGUAGGGCAGACAGCUAC